AGUUUGGCUUCAUAUGCUUACCGGCUGUGAACGAGAGCACAUGGAACAAGUCAGACUGGUGCAGCCCCAAGGAAGGGGGUUGGGACCCUCUGAGUCUAUAAGAAAGUGAAGAUAUUUAACAAUGUAGGUCAGCACCGUGAGAAUGUUUAGUUUAGCUUAUGCUGAAAAUGCCGCAAUGUAGGUCAACUGAAAAAGAAUUCACGUCGUAAAGAAUCAGCCAUGAAAUGCCUUUAAAUUUAGGGCUACAAUAUACAUGAAAUAAAAGCUCCAUAUAAAUUAAAAAUUACCAGCCAACUACUUUUUGGGAAAAGAGUUGCACACCCUAACAGCAGCGAGAGCCAAACCAUGGCUUAAACAGAACGACAUGGAUUUCUUCAGGAACCCUUUGGGGUUAAUAUUCAUUUAUCUGUUUGACUUGAAAAUGGGAUGCGCCAUCAGUAUCGUCUGUGAGGGGGUGCUAGAGGUGGAUGCCAGCUCCGUGGUCCCGAUGGGAUCGAACCUGAAAGUGCUCUGCCGGGCCCCGAACCGGCACUGCGGCCGCCGUUUCUCUAUCUACCUUAAUGGGAAAGCGCAGAAACCUUUGCGGAAGCUCAACUGCUCCACCGUGUGGCUGAAUCUGACCAACGUCAACACACCGAAGCUUGAGCUGAUAUGCAAAACCAGCCAGCACCAGAGCGAAUGGGUCAUCUGUGGCCAGAACCUGCAUUCCGGGUAUGCUCCAGACAAACCGACGAAAUUCAGAUGUUUCGCUCCAAGGGAUUCAGAGCACGUGGAGUGCUUCUGGGACAGAGGAAAGGAGACUCACAUUCCCACCAACUUCAGCGUCACAUUUGCAGACAAAAAUGGGGCCAACAUAUUUCUUGAAUGGAAAUACAACACAUCUUCUCUCAAAGUGCCCUGGUCCAUUUUUGACACGAACGUUGAGUGCAUGGUGAAUGUGAAAGCCCAGAAUGCUCUUGGAGAAUCUGUUUCUGAUAUGUUCCUGCUGUCCGCCAAAGAUGUAGAAAUACCCUACACACCAAAAAUCAUCAGCAUAAUGUUCAAGAAUGAUUCAACGCUGGCCAUGUUGACCUGGCAGAGUGCAGAAUCUAAGGUUCUGAAACCUAAAGUGAGGAUUAAAUCGCCCAGAAAUGGCUCAGAUUUCAGGUAUGAGCCCGAAUGCUCAGAGCUCGGCAAGGAGGUUCUGCUGGAAGGCUUUCAGCCUCUGACCUGGUAUGAGUUUCAGCUCCAAGUCUGCACUUCAGAAGGAAUUCUCAAAUGCAGCCUGUGGAGUCCACCGGUAUCAACAAUGAGCCCAGGAAUAGCACCAAAGCAAAAACUAGACGUGUGGAGAAUAUUUGGAGAUUCUGAAGCAAAUGGAGCGAGAAAUGUGACCGUUUUGUGGAAGCCCUUAAGUACUGAAGAUUACAGUGGUGCUGUCUUAGGUUACGAGGUCACAUACGAACAUACAUACGGCAGGAUGGACAUCGUCUCCUGUGCAGCUGAUGUCACGCACUGCACACUGCAGCUCCCACAGGGCGUGAAGGCCCUGCACAUCAGCGCCAUCACAUCUUCUGGAAACUCAGCGCCUGCGGGUAUAACCCUCACACACCCAGGCUUGCCUUCUCCUCGGGUGAUGCGUCUGGAUCCUGCGGGUGAAGACCGCAUGUUCUUGAUGUGGGAGGUCUAUAUUACCCGGAACAGCUCAUUGGUCUGCUAUGUUGUCCAAUGGCAGAGCAGCUCCGUGGAUGUACAGUGGAGGCGGAUACCUCCUGAAAACAACUUCACAUACAUCGAAGGUUUAAAGCCAGGGAUCCAAUUCAACGUGUCCCUGUAUGCAGUGACUCUGCAUGGUUCCUCUGAUCCAGCUACUACCCAGGCGUACUCUAAAGAGGAGGCGCCACUUUCUGGACCCAAGGUGUCGAUCCAAACUUCCGAAGAGACUCGUAUCCUCAUCCAGUGGGAGGCUCUUGAACUCUGCCAACGGCGAGGUUUCAUUACCAGCUACAACUUAUACAUGAGGAAAUGUGACACUGGGAAGCACCUUCAAAAUGUCACUCUGGCAGCCCCAGAAUCAGGAGAGAUGUGGCUUGACACUGCGACCACCAGCUUCAGCCUUCACAUCUCAGCUUCCAACUCAGCAGGAGAAGGUCCACAGGGGGAAGGGAUCAACUGCUGGUUCCUACCCUCCCCAGAAGCUCAGCUUGGAGGUGAUCCAGGUGUUAAGAUCAGCAUCGCAGUGAUGAUUCCUGCACUGAUUGUACUGAAUUUCAUGUACUGGAAAUGUACUAGGAUUAAAAAAACAUGCAUAACUUUGGGACCUCAGUGGCUGUUCGCAACAUUUCCCAGAGUUGAAAACAGCAGUGUGACUGUAUUACUGCAGGAGAGUGAGAGAAGUGAUUCCAGUUUUACCUGGCAAUCAGUAUACCGGGACCCCCCCCUCACUUCCAUGGAGGAAAUGCCAGCAGAGGAGGACCCCACCCCGGACGAAAGGGCAGUACGGACCAACCCACUUCUGGAAGAGGACUCUGGAUAUAAGCCCCAGAUCUCACCACUGGCUCUAGAAGAGUUCUCGGAAGAGGAGGACAGCCUCAGCCAGGAAGGAGCAGCCUGCGGCCUGGAGGGGUCCGAGUUCUCGAGACGUUGGCCCUGGGACGUUGACCCAGAUAAAUGUGGGCCGGGACCGGGCACCUGCAUCAGGCCGAUAUACAGGCUGCAGGUUAAUAGGGCCCCGAGGGACCGCGAGGAAGGGUACCAGGACCAAACGCUGCUGCCGGACGACUUGGUCAGCUGUCUGAUUGGACUGUCCCUAGAGCCAGUGCAGGACGCUACGUACUUCUCACAGAAGGAUCUGAGGCCACAGAGCAGUGAGUCAUCAUCCAGACCCGACAACGAGAGACCUGGAAAAAGUGGGCAGAUUUUGCACCAGGACCGAAAAUGAUUCAAUUUUGUCCACUGUUUUUUAGCAUUACUUAUAUUUCAAAUGAGAUACAACAAUAUAUAUAUAUAUAUAUAUAUAUAUAUAUA